AUGGCUGCAAAUAAUAUUCCACCGACUGGUCGUGAGGGCAGUUCAAGGAGAUAUUCCUUCUUCUGGUUCAAACAUGGUUGUUGUGUACCGACCACGUCUGCGAUAUGGAUGUUACUUGUGCUGUUUUUGUUCGCAAUCAUGAUGAUGAUCUUUUGCUGUCUAUCGACGGCUUUCGUACGUUGGGUGUAUAGACGUCAGUUAAGGAAGAAAUCGGAUUCUUUGCGACGGAGAUUCAGAAGCGAAGAGGAAAAACGCAGAGACAACGAAAUGAGAUUGAAAGAAUUAGCGCUGAGACCUAUACAUACUACUCAAAUCCGUGGCACCCCUGAUUUAUUUCAUGCAGAAUUUGUUGAAGAACCAAAACCGGUUGUACCAGGAUCUCGUGAAGAUGCUACCCAAAAAAAUCCACCAGUUAGCCAUCCAAGGUCUCGAGAAUUCACUGAGCCAAUUGGGUUAUUUACCGGGAACACGGUAUACUCCACUAGUAGUCUACCUCCGACUGGUGCCAGUGGUGAUAUGGCAGAUACGACUUACUUCCGUCUUCCUGGAACAGUGGCGGAGGAGGUAGCAAUGGAACCAGCUGAUGUGGCGGCUACAGUCCAUACAAUUGCUAAAGAAGGUAAACUGGAUGAAACUCGGCAGCAACCGCCGUUCUCAGGCGUUGUUGUCGUCAAAAAGAAGCCAUCUGAGACGACUAGUGAAGUGCCAACGAGCCAAACAGGUGGCACUUCUGUAAGUUCGGAGUUACCGCCUUGUGAAGAGUUGCUGGACUAG